UACGCGAUAACCUUGGCGAAGAAAAACUGUCGUCGAGAAAAUCUUCCGAGAAAAAUUCGCGCGAGACACGAAAUCGUCGUUGAAAUCGUCGUCAAUCCCGCGACGCGCGGGAAUACGCGAACGGAGCGCCCUCUUUUGUCGAUCUAAGGGCGCGUCCUUAUUUGAGGCGAAUCAUGGAAGUGUCGUCGCGACUGCGAACUUGGACUCCCGCGGUUCCCCACAAAAUCCCGGACAACAUCGUGUCCUCCGAUUACGCCAACACGAAACAUUUCGUGCCCUCUUACGAAAAAUGCGAACCUUGUAUGGAGCAGUUGCUCGCCAACGACUAUCAGCGAAUUUGGUGGCGAGAGAAACGUACCUGGGACCAAAAUAUAAUUACCAGACAAAUCGCCGGAGCGAGAAAAAAAAUAUUACCCCGUAAGCUGAUUAAAAGAAAAGUACCAUCGUGCGUGACCGUGAAAUAUCGAACAAGAGCGGAACGAUUGGACGGAAAAGCGGAGAAAGAGAUUAAGGAGAAGAGAGUCAAGGAGAGAUCCGCAACGGAAGAAGAAACAAAGUUUGCGAAAGACGACGAUACGAAGUCAGAAAGAAGCAAGGAAACAAAGUUGGAAAAACAUGAUGAAUCGAAAGAAUGCGAAGAGACGAAGUCACAAAGUGAGGACGCGGUAUCGAAUCCGAGCUCGGGAAAACGUGAGAAAACAAAAUCGGAAAAAUCAGAGGAAACGAAAUUAAAGGAAAAUGAAGAAAUGAAAGUGGAACAACAAGCUGAAGAGGAAACGAGAUCAAAAGAAAAUGAAGAAACAAGAGUAGAACAAGAGGAAUCGAAGAUAUUUGGAGAAAAAGUUGAAGAGAAGAACUCGGCAAAACUGGAAGACGAAAAGUCAGAGAAACGCGAAGAAAUAAAACUGGAAAAUGAUAAAGAUAAGAAACUAGAGGAAUAAAGCAAAAAUAUAGAAAAUUGGCUUAUUAUAUUAUUUUGUGAUACUAUAGAUUAAGACCGGACCAAAAAAAAGAGC